GAAACUGAAAAACAGAGUAGCAGCUCAGACUGCCAGAGAUAGAAAGAAAGCCCGGAUGAGUGAGCUGGAACAACAAGUGGUGGAUUUGGAAGAAGAGAACCAAAAGCUUCUGCUAGAAAAUCAGCUUUUACGAGAGAAAACUCAUGGCCUUGUAAUUGAGAACCAGGAAUUAAGGCUGCGCUUGGGGAUGGAUGCUCUGGUCACUGAAGAGGAGGCAGAGGCAGAGUCAGAAGGGAGUGGAGUGAGGCUGGUGGCCGGGUCUGCUGAGUCCGCAGCACUCAGACUACGUGCAUCUGCAGCAGGUGCAGGCCCAGUUGUCACCCCUCCAGAACAUGUCCCCGUGGAUUCUGAUGGCAUUGACUCUUCAGACUCUGAGUCUGAUAUACUGUUGGGCAUUUUGGACAACUUGGACCCAGUCAUGUUCUUCAAAUGUCCUUCCCCAGAGUCUACCAGGCUGGAAGAGCUCCCAGAGAUCUACCCAGGAGAACCUAGUUCCUUACCAGCCUCCCUUUCUCUUUCAAUGGGGACGUCAUCAGCCAAGCUGGAAGCCAUUAAUGAACUAAUUCGUUUUGACCAUGUAUAUACUAAGCCUCUAGUCUUAGAGAUACCCUCUGAGACAGGGAGCCAACCUAAUGUGGUAGUGAAAAUUGAGGAAGCACCCCUCAGCCCCUCAGAGAAUGAUCACCCUGAACUGAUUGUCUCGGUGAAGGAAGAACCUAUAGAAGAUGACUUCAUUCCAGAGCUAGGUAUCUCAAACCUGCUUUCCUCCAGCCACUGCCUGAAGCCAUCUUCCUGCCUGCUGGAUGCUUAUAGUGACUGCGGAUAUGAGGGCUCUCCUUCCCCCUUCAGUGAUAUGUCCUCUCCGCUUAGUAUAAAUCAUUCUUGGGAGGACACUUUUGCCAAUGAACUUUUUCCCCAGCUGAUUAGUGUCUAAGGAAUAAUCUAAUACUGUUGCUCUUCUUCUUGAUUAUUACACGCUGGGAGGCUAGCAAAGCAGGCUUCCUGUGCGCUUCACUCAAAAAACUAAAGUAGAGGGGGUACAGUUCUAGAGUGUUUCUCUAAAGUAUUUGCUCAAACCUCAUAGAUGACUUCAAGUAUUGUCUUUUGACGAGAGCAGUCUGAGGUAUCUAGAUAUAUUACAGUAGCUCAGAACUACAGCUUUUGAGACUGUACUGAAAGGGGGUAGUUUUCUCCACAAUAUUUACAUAGACUCAUCUGAGAUUUGUCAGAAAGUAAACAUGGAAUUUAUGAAUAGCCCUUUAUUAUUUCUCUUUCCUCUUGCUGGCAUCCCAGGCUUGCCUCCGAUUUUAGGCCUUUUAGUUUGCUUCUGCAAGCAAACCACCUGAGGGGGCACCUUUUCCCUCAUCUACAUUUCAAGUGAGGAUUAAGAAUUUUUCAUAAAGUUAUGGAAAUUUACUAUGUAAAUGCUUGAUAGAAUUCUUUUUCUGCUAGUGAAUCUUCUGAGAGGUGCUUUCUCCAUUUAUUUAAAACUACCCACGCAAUUAAAAAGUGCAAUGCAACAUC